AAAUAGGUCUAAAUCUGCUGGUAUUUUUCUACCGGAUCAAAAAUCGCUGAUAACUGCACCUUCUGUAAUUGUUUGAAUAACAAGACCAUGGACCGUAAGGAUGCGGCAAAAAUACGCCAUCAUAUGGAGUACAUCAUUGAAAAUAUUGACGUUAGCGCUUUUCAGAGACAUUUAGUAGGAAAGGGGUUGAAACUUGAAGAUGUCGCUCCGCUUGAUAAGGAGACUGUACUCCGUGAGAAAAACAGAAAAUGUUUGGAAUGUCUAAUUAAACCCGGAAACGAAUGCGCAAGUUAUGAAGUUUUGAUAAAUAUCCUGAAUGAUUUUAAUUAUAAGGAAGUUGUGAAGAAGCUUGAAAGUGGCCUACCACCUGGAGCAACAGCAGAGAAAGCUCCAACGAAACCACGCCGCAUCCUUGUACCUGAACACAAACGCAAUAUCAACCUGAGCCAAAAACACCUGAAGCAGCUCUCUGAGACUGUUUCUCCAAAGGACAUUAGAGAAUUGGCAACGUGUUUAGGUUUAACAGCAAUAGACGUUGACGUUAUAGAAAGUGACGAUCCUUGCAGCAUAAAGGCACAAAUGAUGAAAUUAUUAUUUCUUUGGAAAAGCAAAAAAAAGGGCAAAUGCCUUGGUGAGCUUAUGAACCUGUAUGAUGAGGCCAUUGAAAAUGGUGUAUACAUCGAUAUUGAAAAAUUGGAGAAGAUCAUUAACUGGGACAUAAUGGAAUGAGGACAACAAAGAUACUGAUGACUGCGAGGUUUCUGGCACAGCGACUUCCCAGUCUGUGAUCAAUUUCAUGUUGACAUCUUUAUAUUGUACCAAUUAAAAUAUGAAAGAAAACAGCCUUCUACAAACGGGUU